AUGCAUUCAAUCACCUCCAAACGAUUCUUAAUCAAGUCGAAUGCAUGGCGCAUUCCUCAGUCGUUGAUCAACGCCGGGAGCUUUAUCCUUUAUUUUUUAUUACAUAGCAAAACGAGUGAUAAGCAAAUGGGUGCGCCGAUUGGCUGCGAUUGCACAGAGCCGUGUCGAGAGACUUUUACGGACACCAAUGGAUGUAAAGCAGCGACUUGUAAGGCAAAUCUUUCUUUGAAGGGCACAUUGAAUAACGAUUCAUGCGAGAAGUCAUGCGACUACCUUCAGAGGAUUUUCACCGAGAAGCCCGGUGCUUGCCCGAAAAUUAACAACCAAUCGAAUUACGAAUGUACAGCACUGUGUCAUCUUGACGGCGAUUGUCCGGAGACCAGCAAAUGUUGUUCUUAUGGUUGUAGUCGACAGUGUGUUCUUCCGAAAGGACGAGAUCCCCGACUUCUACCGGUCCCUGGUUCGAUUUCCGUGCAGGAACGCAAACGUAAACGAUCAAUUAUUAUACGAUGGGUGAUGCAGAAACUGACUCGUGAACAAAACGCUGCCAAUUCAAAUCUGUAUGUCGUUCAGUGGCGAUGGGGUCUACAACCGGAUAGCAGCAGUAUGACAGAAUGGCAGACCGUUACUGUGAGAAACAAGCCGUACGCGAUUCUGAAGCACCUACUUUCGCCCGGUCGCUAUUAUCAGUUCCGCGUCGGUGCCGUCAGUGUUUACGGCAGUCUUGGAUUUAGUCAAGCAUCACAGCCGUUCAAAUUGUCUAAGGAAGCUCGGGCGCCCUCACCACCACGCGAUAUUUCACUCGGUGCCUCAAAGUUAACACCGAUCGGUCUAUGGAAUCAAGUCGUGCACUGGACUCCGCCGCCAAGUGAUUUGCCCAUAAAGAGCUACCAGCUCUCAUGGGCGGUGUCGUCGGCCUCAGAAGCGAACGCGUUUGAGGAGAUGAUGCGUCGUCGCGCAACACUCACCACCCACGAGAAACGAAGUUUGGACGAGACGGAAGAAGUGUGGGAAAUCGAAGGACGUGAUCGACACUCAGUGAUAGUACCAAGUCACACCACGCAAUCAGAACUCGCUGGACUCUUUCCGAAUUCCGUUUACAUCGUUGAAAUUCACGCGUCAGUGGAUUCAAGUGAAGGGGAGCUACAUGGCGAGAAGGGAAUCACUUUUAUUCGCACCGAUACACUAAAAGAAACUCCAAUUGAUGAAACCGGAUUCGAUCUUGACGUACCCAUGACAUCCGAUGAUGGAGGAGACGUCGGUGGCGACAAUAAUGUUGACAUCCUGACACCGUUUUUUGAUGGUGAUCUCCAGGCAAAAGUCAGCUGGGUAAAUUCAAGAGCAUGUUCUCCGGAAAAGAAAACGUUUAUAGUUACGGCGAAACGAGGCGAAUGUCGUGAAUACCAACUAAAUCAGCAUUCAGACACAUCUAUUCAUAGAAUACGCGUCAGUGACUGCUCGACGUUCAUUAAAGGUCUCACCUUUGACUGUGACUACUCACUUGAGAUCUCCUUCGCUGGUGACACCACGGCAAUAAUCACCAGCAACUUCUCCACGAAAUCCUGCGAUGAGACGCCAACACAUGGUUCGAUUCCAUGCCUUUCACAGGCCACACCGUUAUCCUGCAUUGUUCACGCUACAGUGUCUUGCCAUUGGGUCCGUUAUCGUGAAUUAAACGCCGAUACCACAAUCGGUUAUCGCACCUCUUUAUCGUCACCGAUGCGCGACGAUACGAAUAUCACGAUUCUGCCUCCACAAAUUCGAGAGGUAAUUCACUACGAGCAUCUGAUUCCGUCGACAAUGUACACGCUUCAAGUGCAGGCGAUCACCAAUCGCGGCAUGGGUAAGGCUGUGACUACGAACUUCGUCACGCUGGCCAAAAUCCUUGACGAAAAUGUCAUCGAACGAUUUCCUGGUGGCGAAAUCAUCGAGCUGCCGCUAGAAGCGUCUUCAACUCGGUGGCUGAUAACGUCUACUAUACUUGUCUCGGACAUAUUCCUACGGGUACUGCUGUUACGUUUGUAA